UAUCCCAUAUUCCAAAGAAUAGAAAACUGUAGGAAUGAUGGAAUAGGAAUAUCCUUUGGUGCCUAAUCUAUUAUUUAAUUUCCUAGGGUAAACGUCUCCAUGUUACUUUCCAAAAACACUCGCUUCUAAUUCCUCCUCAAACACUCUCAAAUUGUUUAUUAAAAAACCAAGGUAAAUCUGUAACACCCACUAAAUUGAUCUUUCUUUCCUUCCUCAUUUGUAAGAAAGGCAUCGUCGAUAUCUUCUUCAAGGGUGCAGGGUUUUCGGGUUCAGUUGCUCUGUCUUAUAUGUCUCUACUAGCAAGGGGAAUCUCUAAGUAGAUACAUGUACUACUGAAAAAAAAAUGCUUCCUUCCAAUUCUUUGACCAACAUUCCAAUCUGGUCUGUCCCAAACGGGGUGGUGAAUUUUGGUGGAGGAUUAAUUUGCAUGGUACUGCCCUUCCUUUGUACUCUACCCUGUACGGAGAAGUGAAAUCAAAGAGAAACAAGAGGGAGAGUUCUCACAUCUGUAGGUUGACUUUCAAACAACAAGAUUUCAGUAUUAUUGGGGUAGAUUCAAGCUUGAUAGUAAUGUCUGUACUCAUUGAAGGGCUUCCUGAUGCUGUUGCCCUCAGGUGUCUUGCACGGGUUCCGUUUUAUCUUCAUCCCAAGUUAGAACUUGUUUCCCAUUCCUGGCGAGCUGCUAUUCGAAGUGGUGAACUAUUUAAGGUCAGACAGGAGGUCAAUUCAUCUGAAGAAUUUUUAUGCGUCUGCGCCUUUGACCCUGAUAAUUUAUGGCAGCUUUAUGAUCCUAUGCGUGAUCUUUGGAUUACUCUUCCUGUUCUUCCGUCAAACAUCAGACAUCUUGCUCACUUUGGUGUGGUAUCUACUGCUGGAAAACUCUUUGUUCUAGGUGGUGGUAGUGAUGCUGUGGAUCCAUUGACUGGUGACCAAGAUGGAAGUUUUGCCACUGAUGAGGUGUGGUCAUAUGACCCGGUGACCCGAGAAUGGAGUCUGUGCGCGUCUAUGAUUGUGCCUCGAGCCAUGUUCGCUUGUUGUGUGUUUGAUGGGAAGAUAGUUGUUGCAGGGGGUUUUACUAACUGCAGAAAAUCAAUAAGUAGAGCAGAAAUCUAUGAUCCCGAGAAGAAUGUUUGGGAUCCGAUCCCUGAUCUUCAUCACACACACAACACUGCAUGCUCUGGAGUGGUUAUUGGUGGUAAAGUUCACGUAUUGCACAAAGGUUUGUCAACUGUUCAGGUUUUGGAAAAUGUGAAGCAGGGUUGGACUGUGCAUGAGUAUGGUUGGCUCCAAGGUCCCAUGGCUGUUGCUAGGGGAGAGCUUUAUGUAUUGAGUCAUUGGCUCAUACACAGACAGGAAAGAGAAACAAGGAAGAUGGUAGUUUCAGCAUCCGAGUUCCGUAGAAGAAUUGGGUUUGCAAUGAUAGGUUUGGGAGAUGAGAUAUAUAUUGUUGGAGGGGUUAUUGGACCUGAACGCUGGAAUUGGGACAUUAAAUUGCUGUCUGAUGUUGAUGUUCUGACGCUUGGAAGUGAGAGGCAAGUAUGGCGUCAAGUUACUCCAAUGACAAGGUGUAGAGGAACGGUCCUUGGCUGCACGCUGAUGAGAAUAUAGGUCUUGUAUAACUGGUAGUUUUCGUUGGAGAACUGCUUCAGGAAAGGGUUGAGUUGUGCCUGCAGGGGUUCAGCUUCCUUGCACAGUAUAUAAAACCCUUUUUGCUCAAUGCUGAUGGUUUUUUCUAGGAAAGCUGUGUCCAUACCUUGAAUGUUGGCGAUUUUAACAUGAAAAAUAGUACGCGUAAUUGCAUCAAGGAGGUUUCUUUUCUCAAAGUUUUAGUUUUCUUGUGUUAUCUGUAUGGAAGAUAAAUUAGCUUCUUGUUACCCUGCCUAAUUCUUUUCUAUAAGCAGUAGGCAUGUUUGUCUAUUGUCAACAAAGUGAACCUAAA